GGCCUGCGGGUCUGGCUGGCCGUGCAUGCGACUCUUUUUGUUCCCCUACCGGUCCUUUAGGAUUGGAAAUAACAGCUGUUAAGGGCCUAGUCCAAGGCACUAGGGUGCCACCUACGCGCUGAUGCCCCGAGUGUUCACAGGGCUUCCAGCUAACCAUGCUGCACCUUCCUUGGCGCUGCCUUUGGUACUAUUGUUGCUGAUGGUUAGCGCGAGGCCAUCCACAGGCCCUGAUUACCUGAGGAGAGGCUGGCUGCGGCUGCUAGCCGAGGGCGAGGGUUGUGCUCCCUGCCGGCCAGAAGAGUGCGCCGCGCCGCGGGGCUGCCUAGCAGGCCGGGUGCGGGAUGCGUGCGGCUGCUGCUGGGAAUGCGCCAACCUGGAGGGCCAGCUCUGCGAUCUGGACCCCAGCGCUAACUUCUACGGGCGCUGCGGCGAGCAGCUCGAAUGCAGGCUGGACGCGGGCGGUGACCUGAGCCGAGGAGAGGUUCCGGAGCCGCUGUGUGUCUGCCGCUCGCAGCGCCCGCUCUGUGGUUCCGACGGCCGUACCUACGCACAGGUCUGCCGACUGCAGGAGGUCGCCCGCGCUCGGCCGGACGCUAACCUCACUGUGGUGCAUCCGGGGCCCUGCGAAUCGGAGCCCCAGAUCCUGUCGCAGCCUCACAAUAUUUGGAACGUGACUGGACAGGAUGUGAUCUUUGGCUGUGAGGUGUUUGCCUACCCCAUGGCCUCGAUUGAGUGGAGGAAAGACGGCUUGGACAUCCAGCUGCCGGGGGAUGACCCUCAUAUCUCUGUGCAGUUUAGGGGUGGACCUCAGAAGUUUGAGGUAACUGGCUGGCUACAGAUUCAGGCUUUGCGCCCUAGUGAUGAGGGCACCUAUCGCUGCCUUGCCAGGAAUGCUUUGGGCCAGGCUGAGGCCUCUGCUACCCUCACAGUACUCACACCGGACCAGCUGAAUGCCACAGGAUUCUCCCAGCUGCAAUCCCAGGGUUUGAUUCCUGAGGAGGAAGCAGAAGAUGAAGAGUUGGAAGAUUACUACUAGGUUCAGAUCUCUGGCUUGUGGGUAUGGGCAGGGUGGAUAUAGCACCCCAACCCUGCUGUGGAGAAGGCCUGGAGAAGACUGGAAGGGACGAGCAGGGUCCUUUCAUGGAUUAUUUAAUGCUUGUUGUAGCCUCAGUGCCCCUUUCCUCAAAACUCAUCUUCCAGAAGCUUCUGUGGUAGAGAUGAGCGCAGUGGAACUGAUUUGGUCCAGUAUAGGGAGAGAGGUGGGGGUAGCUCCAUGUCUUACACCUUCUAGGGGACAACUAGACACAGUGAGCACCAAUAAAGAAUUAGAAACGAACCGAGCCGUACUGCUUCAGACAAUUCUUACCAAUGUGCACAUAGAGACCAGACAAUCCUGAGUGUCUCUAACAGACUCUGGCUUCUAGUGAUUGCAGGCCCUAAACGAAGGCCUGCUGUGUGAGAGAAGGCUUGACUCGGGCCUAUACUGCCCUCUCCUGUCCUCUAGUGAGGGAGCCUAGAGCAAAUCUGACUGGAGAAAGGAAGGAAGUUAUUCCAACCCCCACCCUGGCAGAGUGGGGAACCAGGCCUGUGUGGUUGGGACCCCAAAAUAAAUGCUCAAACUGA